AUGGUGAUCAGUUACUCCAUCGAACGUUGCCCCUGCAACCACCAACCACACUUCGACCACCACUUAUACGACGUCGACUUACACGGAACCGUGUUCACCGUCACCGUUACCGCCUCACCCUUCACCGCUGAUUGUUGGCUGAAUAAAACCCUCAACCGGAACGCUGCCGCCCUCUCCAGUGGCACCUUGGUCGCUGGUCUCGGCGUGCAGUGGACUCCACGCGCCGAUGGACUUCGUAUCGCGGACACGUUGCAGCUCUGCAUCGGUCGCCGGUGUCUGAUCUUCCAAAUCUCGCGUGCCACAAGCUCGCCUUUCCUCCUCCGGGAUUUCCUAGUCGAACCUGGCACGUGCACCUUCGUUGGCUUCUGGAACCGCUACGAUAGGCAGAGUCUGUGGGAGUCGCAGCUGGGGUUGAUACUGGGCAGCGAUCCUAUAGAUCUGAGAAGCUUGUUGAAUCAGGAGUUAGCUCAUGCUUCGGUGGAGACCAUCGUGGAAUCAUUCCUGGGGUAUAGUGGUGUGAGGACGAGGAUACAGGUGAGCUUGAGCAAUUGGGGUGCGUUCACUCUCACCGAUGAUCAGGUUCUGCAAGCUUCUCUCAAUGCACGUUGUGCGUAUCUCAUUGGUCACGCUGUAGAGGCUUGGCGACCUAGGUAA